CGGCCGGGGGAGGAGGAGCCGCAGCGAUCACGGCCACGGGUGGCACAGCUGGGCUCACGCCUCACAUGGGGCCCCCUCGCUUGCGGCAGCGGCGGGGCAGACCCUCCCCGGCUUGCUGAGGGUUGGCCGCGAGUGGGAUAUGCGGCCAUGAGAGCCCGCGCCGCCCUCAGGCCCUGCUGGCGCUGCCGCUCAGGAUCCAGCAAGACUAGAGAAGACAGCACAGUACCUAAGAUGUGAGAAGUUCUCCCUUAGCAAAGUAAAAGCUUGUUUUCAAAAUGGACCGAAGUAAACGGAAUUCAAUAGCAGGAUUUCCACCACGCUUGGAGCGCGCUGAAGACUUCGAUGGUGGCGCUGGAGGAGAGGGGACUGUAUCCCAAAUAGGAAGAGUUUGUACCUCUUCAUACAGAGCCCUGAUAAGUGCCUUUUCCAGACUCACUCGUCUUGAUGACUUCACUUGUGAGAAAAUUGGCUCUGGUUUCUUCUCUGAGGUGUUCAAGGUAAGGCACAGAACUUCAGACCAGGUAAUGGCUUUGAAGAUGAACACACUGAACAGCAACAGAGCAAACAUGCUGAAGGAGGUUCAGCUUAUGAAUAGACUCUCACAUCCAAACAUCUUAAGGUUUAUGGGUGUCUGUGUGCAUCAAGGACAGCUGCACGCACUUACUGAGUACAUCAACUGUGGUAACCUGGAACAGCUAUUAGACAGUAAUCAGCAUCUACCCUGGACAGUAAGGGUGAAACUGGCUUAUGACAUUGCUAUGGGAAUCAGUUAUCUCCACUAUAAAGGAAUUUUCCACCGAGACCUUACAUCCAAGAACUGCUUAAUAAAACAUGAUGAGAAUGGAUACUCAGCAAUAGUGGGAGACUUUGGUUUGGCAGAGAAAAUUCCUGAUCACAGUGAGAAGUUACCAGUGGUGGGUUCACCCUUUUGGAUGGCACCAGAAGUUCUCAGAGAUGAACCUUACAAUGAAAAGGCGGAUGUGUUCUCCUACGGUAUAAUUCUGUGUGAGAUUAUAGCAAGAAUACAGGCGGAUCCAGACUAUCUCCCUCGCACAGAGAAUUUUGGAUUAGAUUAUGAUGCCUUCCAGCACAUGGUGGGAGACUGUCCCCCUGACUUCCUCCAGCUGGCCUUCAACUGCUGUAAUAUGGACCCAAAGUUGCGUCCUUCGUUUGCUGAUAUUGUCAAAACACUGGAGGAGAUUUUAAACCGCCUGAGAAGCGAUGACUCGGAGAGAGAGAGGAAGUUUUUGAACCUUGACAACAGUGAAAGAAAACCCAAAGGGUCAAUUGAAAAAGGACCAGGAGUAAAACGUUUGAGUUCCCUGGACGAUAAGAUCCCACCCAAGUCACCCCGGCAGCGUCGGAAUAUCUGGCUGUCGCGCAGCCAGUCGGAUAUCUUCUCCCGCAAGCCUUCCAGGAAGAUCAACGUGCAGGACCCCUACUACACACCAAGCAAAGGCUUAGGCCGGAAAGUGAAUCCCUUCAGUGCCCGGGAGGACCUCAAGGGAGGGAAGAUCAAAUUCUUUGACAUGCCAAGCAAGUCUGUGAUUUCCCUCGUGUUUGACUUGCACUCUCCAGAGGCAGGUGGAGGCCUGAAAGCCAGCCAGCCCCAGUUCCGGCAGGCCUAUGGCACAGACUGGCAAGAACUGUCCCUCCUCCCAGGGAGGAGAUGCAGAUCCCUCCCGCUCUCUCCUGAACUGCCACACAAGGAAUAUGGCCUGUUCGGGGGACUGUCCUCAACUAUCAGCAGGUGUGACCCGACCCAGCUAGGUGCAGAGGUUCGGCAGAAACUCCUGAGUAGCAGUAAAUAUGGCGUGGCAGAGAUUCCUCCCUUUCAAGCCAAGCCUCACAGGCCAGGAUUUCUUCCUGUGCCAGGACAAGAGGAGGAUAUGGAUUGUUCGGAUGGGCCAGUGACACAGGAGGAAAAUGGGUUUUGCCCUGUUGAGAACACGUGUCGCUAUCCAACGUGUCAUCCACCGUUAGUGCUGGCCCAGUCUGAGCUGCUCUCUUACAAAAAGCUCCUAGUUGAGAAUUCAGUGAACUCUGAGGGACGUGGCUCCUCACAGGUGUUUGCAGGUUGUCUCCUUUCUGAAGAGAUGGAGGUGGAAGAUGACCUACUGAAAAAUACUCCACUAGAGUCCACAAAGCCUCUGUUCCGCAUUAGUCCUUCCACUGAGCUGAAGAGAGAGGCAAGGCCCAUCCAGGAGCAGGAUGGGGACAGUCCUGCUCCCUUGUCCCAGACCUCCUCCAAUAGCUCAGCAAGUGGCAGCGUGCACUCUGCCUCUCUAUGAAGAGAGGGCUCAAACCGAACAUGUCAUUGAGGCAACAGUUGUUCCUAGUCACUUAAACCCUGUUUUUCCAUAGUGCUGGGCUUCGCGUUUGAAAGAGACUCGGCAGAUAGUAGAAAAUGGCUGUCAAACAGCUGCAGCCAGUGUCUGGAGAGACUGAUUAUUUUAACUUGAUUUCACACUGUGCUUAUUCCUUUCCCUGAUUUGCAUUAGGAGGGGGAGCUAAUCCAGCCAGAGUGGCCCCACAGUCCUCCCAAGAGGCAGGAGCCAGAGCAGGCACCGUGUAUGACCUGGAUUCCAGCAUGAAGCAUUUCAAGGCCUUAAGCUCCAUGUUGGGUAGAAAGAGUGACCCUUAUAUGUUCUAUCUUCCACUGACUGACCAGCUGCUCUAAACCACAUUAAUAUUCUGCAGCAGUGCAUUUGAGUCAGAGACUUUGUUUUAGAAACAGGCACAGAGAUCUUCUAGAGUUAACAGUGAGUAGCCAGGAGUGCUGUCUGGUCCCAGAGCUGCUGCAAAUGCUGUUGCAGCAUUAAACAAGCUCUUCUUUCAAAAGCAGCAAAACCAACCCCCCUCAGGCUGGAUGCAAUCUGCAGGCUGAGUCACAUGACAAAUACUUUGCAAUUGACAAGAGGAAUCUGUCCCCUAGUGUUUAAUUUUUCCCUGGGGGUUUGGUAAUGAUGUAUAUAACACACAAGUGCAGGAUGUGGUAAAUACCACUUUCUCACAGCUCUUCAUGUACCUCAACCCAAAUGUGGAGGAGGAUUUGCCCAGGGCACAAGACCAGAGUCACAUUUCAGCAAUUGUCAUUUCUGGGCUUCUGGAGAAACAGCCAGAGGAAACAGCAGUUGUGCUGAGCUUUUGGGGGGUGUGGGCUCUCAUCUUUUGAAUAGAGGAAUAGACAUCAUGAUCUGUUUCUGCAGACUGUUUAGUUCAAUACAACAUCUGCAUCACAGCUGACUAUUGCCACUAAGCUCAAAGGGUCACAUUUCACCUCCCUCUCUGGUAUGACCCGUCUCAUUGCCAUCUCUGCAGUAGUGAUGGCUCCUUAUUGAAAACCAGACUGUGUGUGGUAGAGGACAGGAGUCUCCUGCUCAGGGGAAGUUGCUAGCAGCGUUGCAGCCACACAAGUACUGUUGGACAGGAUAGGCAGUACUCAUGGAAGGCCUUUGAAUUGUCAAACUGAAGGAAAUUUGCUUGUCCCAAGUGAUUAUUUUUUCCUCUACAGCAAGAAGCUGUUGUCUUCGUUGGCUUCUCCUGUCACUGUCUAGGAUAAUCUCUUUCUUUCCUGUCCUUCCCUCCACCAGCAGGUACAUGUGACAGCAGUGGUGUGUAGGCUUUAAUGCUGUUUUCUGGAACCAGGGAUCCCUGCUCUGGGAUGUGAUGUGUGGGACAGCUUGUUCUGUGAGGACCUUUGUGUAACAUCUUGCCCUUUUUCACUAUCCUUGUCCCAACAACAUGGGGAUUUAUUUUUUUAACCUCUAUUGUCAUUCCUGAGAUAUGCAUUGCACACCUGCUGAGCAAAUGGUGAUGUGGUGGAGUCAGUUUCAUCCAGGCAGCCUGUUACACUCUCUUCCUGCUCUCCUGUAAGGAUGGAGUACGUGAGCUAGCCUCCAGUGGAAGCAACGCUGUUCCUACACUUUUCCCAUCUCAAAGAAAAGAUGAAGGAGAAAGCCUUAGUACUUUCUUGGCUGAGAUGCUUAUCUUUCCAGAGGUGUAGGUAACUAUUCUGUGAGCUUAAUUAUGACUUCCCUCUCGUGAAGUAUGUGUUAACCUGAGCAGCAGUUAAUCCUUUGCAGUGGCUUUGAAGAAUUAAAUGAGACACCGGUGCUGCUGAGUUACUUAGCACAGUCCCUGCCAGGUUAGGCACUCUGAAAGAGAAAAUUAGCACUUUGAAAGAGAAAAUGCCUGUGCUUACUGAGAUUACUUUUGGCCUCUCUGCCUCUCGAUGGUGCUGAUCCUUAGAGUAGUCUGCCCUGCUCCUGUCUGCAGGGCUGGUGUCUGCAGAGUGCAGAGCAGCUCGAAUGGCUGCUAGCACUGUGUGUGUGUGAUUUCCCUUGAGGACAGGGAACCAGCAGAACUCGAUUGCCAGCUAGUUGCCUGCCUGGUGCCUGCUUGUUUUUUCUCCUCUUUUUGGUUUUUUUUUUUCCUUCUUUGAUCUUUCACACAAUUGCAGCUGUUUGGGAGGGAAACCAUCAGCACCAGCUCCUGUUGUCACAAGGUACAUUUAGGUGUGUGACUUCAGACAAACAAGCAAUAAUAAGGAAUAGUUUACCUGUGGCUGGGCAGGCUGCGAGGAAGCUGUCCAGCCCCCUCCAGCUGCCUGCAGCCUCUGGCAGAGCACACAGGCCUCUGGCUGCUCUAUGGCUUACAUUAGCUCUGGCUGUCAGCACUGACACCUUGUUGUGAAGCCUUUUGCCCUCUCUUGACACUGGUUGCAAAGCCUGGGCAGUGGGGCUUUAGGGGUACCUCUGUGGCAGCCAUCCCAGUGACCUUGUCUGUUUUCAUACACCGCUGUCUCUUAAAAUCCUGCCCUGCAUAUCUCUCUUACAAAGCAGCACAGCUCAGAUGUUCUCUUCUGAAGUGUCCACCAAGCAGAGCCAGCUGACUUGCACAGGGCACAGCUGUCAGCUUCUCUUAGCCUUUUGUAUAGAGGUGGAGAUGUCAGAAAGAGAAAUACCAAGGAAUAGUGUCUCAGGCUUUACGGGGGCUUGGUCUGCAUGGGAAAAGAGACACGUGUAUGAAACAAAGGGCCACUUAAAAAUAGCCAAGUGCUUGCCAAACCCCAGGGUUUCCAAGGGUCUGGCUGCAGUUGGCACUCAAUACAUCUCAUCCUUUUGGCUGUGUAAAGCUGCACCUAGUAACUGCUCCUGGGCUUUCUGCCUACCUGAGGGUGCUUUUCAACAGGGGGCCAUUUAGACAGCUACUGAUGAACAUGAAAACCAGCACGUGGUCAGCAAACUCCUUGUUUUAUAGUGAUAUGACAAAGUUUUAUUGUGAUUGGAUUUUAUCUUGAUUUUUUUACUUUCUUAUGGGAGCACUUCUUGCUCUUUUAAAACACUUUCUACACACUGCUAGGUUCCCUGAAGAGAUCAAGGCCGUUUUUAUUCCACUUCAAACCUUUCUACGUUGAAUUCAUUUAAAUGUCUGUUAUAAGCUAUUUUUGUUGUGGUUGCAGGUUAAUAAAAUGCAACUAAGAGAAUGCAUGUGAAUUGCUGCCCCUCAAAACCAGUGCAGACAAGGGGCUGUGGUAGACUUACACUUGCUGGAGAGGCAUCGAUGUAUUAUGUGUAACAGAAUAUUGGUAUAUUUUGCCAGUACAACUAAAGACACUUGAAUAAUUCCUGUUUGCACUUAAUGCUGUUGUUUAUAUUGCAUGUCACUACAUUUCUAUGCAAAACAAAUAACCUUUUUGUUGUGGGGGAGGGGAGGAGGGGCAGCCAGAUAUUUGGUUAAGUAUAAAGAUCUUUGCGAGAUGAUCUAUUUUCGUAUUUAUGAAGGAGUUUUACUGUCUUAAUAUUUUGCAGUCUGUAAAUAGCUCGACUUGUAAUUAAAGGCUUAGGAAGAAGUUUGUGGCCUGUGUAUAAUAGUAAGUUAUCACUGCCAGAGAGAAGAAAAAAAACCCAACCAAACAAAAAUCUUUGCAAAACGACUUUUCUAAUGUUGUGGAUAUUUAUGACCGUGUAAAAAAGCACCUCUUGUUUUUAUGUUGAUUGACCUUCUGACUUUUUUUGGGGUGAUGGAGAUGGUGGAUGUUUCAUUGGAACUGCAAUAAGAAGUAACCAAAGAUGAAUCCAGUUAAAUAUUUUCUUAAUUUUUUUUUUCUUGGUCAGGUUUUGUAAAACUUUCCCAACUUGCUUUCGAAAUAAAAAUGAAAUCAA